ACCUUCAGAUAAAUGACCGUUAGAGUCUGACGCUGUGAGAGAGUCAAAGAUCUCAGACUUUAAAGACACACUGAGUGACGUUCAGGAACAAGGAAACGGUUUCAUGAAACCGACACUAUUUCAGACACAGAGGCCGUCUGUAGAACAGUGAAUAAAACACAAACACACAUAUACGUAAAAACCACGCCCUACACACUCGCCCUCUGUUCGCUCCGCCUUAUUGAAGGCCGUCCCAAACCACAGAGUGUGGAGGGCGAGUGGACCGUUCAGCGCUCGUCUGCACUGAUGCUCACUCACGGCAAGUUUACAGGAAGUGACGGACAAAAAUGGAGGAGGAGGAACGUCGUGUUUGUGUCGACCUUUGUCUCACAAAGUCGUGGUUUGGACAGAUCAAACUGACGUCUGAAAUCUUCCUCUGCGCCGAGCUUUGAUCUGAUUGGUCUCAGAAAAAUAUCCCAGAAUUAUCGACCCGUUCAAGAAACCCUCAAACUGGGUCACCAUAGAAUCCAUAUGACCCAAGAACCGGGGAUGGAUCUGACAAAUAACCCAGAAAUUUAACUCGACACGUGAAACCCAGGAGUCGGGUUGCACGCUGCACGCCUCGGCUGUGAGUGGAACUUCAUCAGGAGAGGAGGACCAGUGUGAGAGGGCGGUCUCACACUCUCUGACUCCUCCCUCUUGAGCCUGGAUCUUUGCAGCCCUGCGCUCGGUCUCGAAGGCGCUCACGUGUUUCUGUUUGUGGUUUUUAAAGAUUUCUUCAAACUCUUUCAAACUCGUCGUCUUUUUUUUCGGACAAACUUUUUCUUCAUAAACAUGUUUUUUUUUUUUUUUUAUCAAUCCCUGUUUUUCUCACCCUGCGCUGUGUCUUUAAGGUGCUCAUCUCCUUCUCGUAUUGAUUUCUCUGUUCAUUAAAAACUUUCAGACACUCGUUCAGGGAAAAGGGUUGUUGUUUUACACCCUGAACUCUGUCUUGACGGUGCUGAGGAUGUUUUUCUCAUUUGUAUUGAUUUCUCUAAAAUAAUUGAUCGUUGUUCACUUAACCGACUUCUCCUGUUGAUGGUUUUGUUUUUCAGCCCUGCACUCUGUCUUCCAGGUUGGUGUGUUUCAGUUCAGGUUCCUCAGAGUUUGGAAAGUCUCCGUCUCUCUUGUUUUAUUUUGUAAGGACAGAAAACUGUUGGUAUUUUAAAGCCUGGCAUGUUUUGCCCUGAGCUGUGUCUACCAGGUGUUUGGUCUUAUUCUGCUGCUGCUCAGAGAAGCUCUCCAGUUUGCGGAUAAAACAUAUUUGUUUUUAAUUAUCACUCUUGACAGCUGGAUGUUUUGACGCCCUGAGCUGUGUCUCUGAGGUGCGGGUGUUUUUGUUUCCUGAGCAGACAUAAAUAUUUGAUGGAGCGGAGAAAAUCUUUAAGGCAGCUUUAUAAAUGUUAACGCUGAACCUCCUGAGAGAGCGAGAGCGCCUCCUUCAGCCUCUUUAAAUCCGCCGUUUGGUUUUGGUUUCACUUUUGUUUCUCAUCAGGACUCUCUGUCUUUUGAUUUCACUCUUCAGUUCUCCUCCUCUUCUCCUCCUCAGACCCGUCAGAACCUCCUGCCGUCACGGCGGAUCAGGAUGAAUCCUCUCAGUCCGACAGCGACGACUGCAUCGUUCACGGAGCGGCGUCAGGGAGGAAGGUGAGUGAAACGGCGUGUUUACCUGUGAGUCCCUGCUCAGGGAUUACUGUGAGAUGAUGUAAACACAGCUGAGCUCUUCUGUGUGUGUGUGUGUGUGUGUGUGUGUGUGUGUGUGUGUGUGUGUGUGUGUGUGUGUGUGUGUGUGUGUGUGUGUGAAGCUGUUUUGUUUAUGUUCGAUUUUACUCCUCAGGAGGAGGAGGUUUGUUAGUGAGGAGGUCGGCGCCAUUAUUCUCUGUUAUUCUUACACAACAAACACACAAAAUACACACGCAACUAACACACUCAUUCUGUAAAGUAUCGACCAAUCAGAAGCCGGCGUCAGUGUAGUCAGUAUGGAGAGCAAAAGUAGGAGGAGCUCCGUCCUCCGUCAGUAAAAUCCUGUAAAUGAAGCGAGCAGCCGUCUCUCUGACCAUGUGACCUGUUAUUAAGCCACGCCCACGUCUCCGUCCUCAGCCCUCUGAGCGUGUGUGGGUGGAGGUGGUGUCUCUGACGCUCAGGUCGGAUUCCCGGGUGGCGAGGGACGGCAGCGUGUCGCGUUUGUUCGUGGAGUACUCUCUGCUGGACCUGCCCACCGAGGAGACGCCGCUGUCUCUGCCCAAACCGCCGCAGGGUAGGAGCAUCAACUACAACUACAGCAGAGGUAACCACACCUGCUCCACCUGCUCCACCCAACAGGUCCUCUGGUUGACCUCGUGGUGGGUCACUGAGUUCUUGAACGUCCCUGAAAGAGUGAAAAUCCCUGAAUAAAUACAGACAUAUGAACAUGAGAUCUCUGACCUGUUUUUACAGUUAAAGGUAGUGGACAGAAACAGCCACUAGAGGGCGACAGGCUGUAAAAUUAUAAAAGGGUUGGACCAGAACCACAGAGAGAUCCUCUGGAACCUUUUGAAACCGUCUCUUUAGUGAACUCUUUUCUUUUUAAACUUUUUUAUUCUUGGUUUUAUUUCUGAACAUUUUCUGUAUUUUAAAAAGUGAUUUUUUUCUUUUAAAGCGUCUUUGAGUUCCUGUAAAAACUCGUUAUAAAUAAGAUUCAUUAUCAUUAUUAUAAACCUCCGACCUUUGACCUCUGUGUUGUGCAGUGUUUCCCGUAGACAGAGAGAAGAACGCGGCGAGACGGCGUCUUCUGAGAGGAGUCCUUCAGGGGAGAAACCCUCAGAUGGAGAGGUGGGUGAGGAGGGUGAGGAGGGAGAGGAAGGGUGAGGAGGGUCAUCAGGUCAGCGCUGAGCGGAGAUGAUGAAGAAACACCUACUCUGACGUCUGUUAAAGGGCUCUUCCACCUUUUUUAAAGUCCGAUUCUCGUUCUCACUCAUUUAAAGGGAUAUUCCACCUUUUUUCCUUGAAUUCUCACAGAUUUUAGUCUGACUCCGUCCUCUGUCAGCUGACUGACCUUUUCUGUCUCUGAGUCUUUGACGUGUUGAAACGUCGUUUCUCUGACCUGCUGGUCGUCCUGUAAAAACCUCAGCUGGUUUCAGGGGGUCUGAGGGGUCCUUUAAAACCAGGUUUGGACUCAUGAACUCAGCCUCCUCAGUGUGGAGGAUCUGCAGCCUCUCAGUUUCUAACCUCAUUGCACUGAUCUUUGUGGGCGGGGCUACAAAGACAACAGGGUGCUGCUCUGAUUGGCUGUUUUGAAGAUGUCCCAGGGGGGAGGGUGCAGAGGGGUGAUAGCCUGACCAAUCGGUGUGCUCGGUUGUGGAGCCGAUUGUAAGAGUGAGACUUUGUUACAAGGAGGCGGAGCACGGCGUGUUUAUCUGUGAGUCCUGUGAUCACUUCAGGAUCCGCUUCACGGUGGUGAGCGAACCUCCAGAGGAGGAGGAGCAGGAGAGGGAGUGUGAGGACGUGGGCGAGGCCUCCAUCAGGAUCCCUGAGAUCCUGGAGAAACAGAAAGACCUGACCGAGACCAGCCUGACGGGUACACACACGCACACACACACACACACACACACACACACACACACACGCACACACACACACACACAAACGCACGCUCACACACACACGCACGCACGCACACACACACACACGCACUCACACACACACACGCACACGCACGCACACACACACGCACACACACACGCACGCACACGCACACACGCACACACACACGCACACACACACACACACACACACACACACACACACACACACACACACACACUCAUACUGGUUUCUGUGGUUAAUGAGGACCAAUGUUCCGAUCAUCACUUGCGGGGACGUUUCUAAAGGCUCUGGAGGACUGUAGACUAACAGAGACCUGUUCACUCAGAUACAACCUCAAAUAUCUGAAUGAAUGAAUUCAUGUUGACCCCAUCCUGAGAGGGGACCUUUAAAAAACAGCUGAAUGUUACUGAUGGGGACUGAAUUUAAACAUCAUUUGAUUAUUUUGUAUUUUUAACACAAUGGUCCUGAUUAAUGGGGACUUAGUAAUAAAUAAACUACUAUAAUAUAGAAACAUCUGUUGUAAAUCAAUAACCUAACUUAGUUAUUUAGACGAGUUUUAAUAUGUAAAUAAAGAGGUGAAGGUUUGGGUCUGAAAGGGUUUAAGUGAUCUGAAGGAUCACCCUGAUACAGAUCGGUCUGAACAUGUCGCCUCUUUAACCGCCUGUUAGAGUUUGAAAGAGAAUCAAAGGUCUGAUGAAAUUAUCUGAAUCAUUAAAGUUAUUAUUCAUAAAUUAAAUAAGUACUCUCUCUUCUAAUACAUCAUUUAAACACAUUUUAACCACAAACACACAAACCUCAAUUUUGGUCCCCAUGAGGCCAUGAAUACCAGAACACACACACACACACAGAGGCGGACUCACAGGUGUAUAUAAACAAGUGUGUGUGUGUGUGUGUGUGUCCUCUGCAGUGGUGGACAUGGAGGACAGCAGUCAGGUGGUCGGCAGUCUGAUCGUGUCUGUAGAAGGACUGGAGGCUCUGCGGGACAUCAUGGAGGACCAGGACCAGGACCAGGAGGAGACCCUGGUGUCGUCUCUGCUUCCACCAUCAUGA